UUAAACUGAUAGAUACAAACAUUGAAGAAUCUUCAACUAUAUAUAUAUAUUUAUAUUUAUAACUUGCACUUGCACUGUACUCCAGCUUAUUGUUUUUCUUGUUCUUCUUCCGCCAUGGCUCUAAGUGUAGGCGACGACGCGCAGGCGCCACCUCACUUCGUCCUGUUCCCGUACAUGGCGCAAGGCCACAUACUUCCCAUUGUCGACAUCGCACGCCUCCUCGCCGCCCGUGGCGUCGCCGCCACCAUACUCUUAACUCCAAUCAACAGCCGGCGGAUCAGCCCGCUGAUCGACCGCGCCGCCGCCUCAGGGCUGCCGAUUCGCGUCGCCUUAGUCAAGUUCCCUUGCGCCAAAGUCGGGCUGCCCGAAGGCUGCGAGAACUUCGACAUGCUCCCUUCGACCCACGACGCCAUUAAAUUAACGACCGGCGCCGCCUUGAUGAAGGACGACGUCGAAAACUUGCUGAAAGACCGCCUCCACCCCCGCCCAACCUGCCUGAUUUCCGACAUGCUUCUUCCAUGGACGACCAAUCUGGCCCUCAAUUUGGGCAUUCCUCGCAUCGUUUUCCACGGGACCUCCUGUUUCGCUCACGCCAUGUGGAAUGUUCUAGAAGCUUCCGAAUCCGUCAAGGCUGUCGCGUCGGAUACGGAAUACUUCACGGUGCCCGAUUUACCGGAUACAGUUCAGAUUACCAAAGCUCAGAUUCGAGGGACGACAACUCAAAUCACUCCGGAUUGGUACGUUGUGCAGCAAGAUUUCUUCGAAGCUGAGAGGAAAUCGUUCGGGGCAGUGUUCAACACGUUCGAAGAUCUCGAGCUGAAAUACGUUGAACACUAUAGGAAGAUACGUUGCGAAAGGGCUUGGUGCAUCGGCCCGGUGUCGAUGUGCAAUAAGGAUGAGGUAGACAAGGCUGAGAGGGGCAACAGGGCUGCCAUUGACGAGCACAAAUGCUUGACGUGGCUCGAUUCGCGCGAUCACGGUUCUGUUAUGUUCGUCUGCCUUGGAAGCUUGUCGCGGAUGGAUGCCGGGCAGAUGAUCAAGCUAGGGUUAGCUUUGGAGGCAUCGGGACGAUCUUUCGUAUGGGCUGUGAAGAAGUCGACCAAUGAAUUUAAAGCAUGGCUUAGCAAAGAAAAUUACGAGGAAAGGGUUAAAGGGCGUGGGCUAUUGAUCCAUGGGUGGGCGCCGCAGUUGUUGAUAUUGUCCCAUGCCUCAAUCGGGGGGUUCUUGACGCAUUGUGGAUGGAAUUCGAUAAUGGAAGGAAUCUCGGCCGGGUUGCCUAUGGCUACGUGGCCAUUUUUCGGCGAGCAGUUUAUCAACGAGAAGUUUUUGGUGGAUGUGAUGAAGACAGCCGUGAGUAUCGGCGUAAUGCCGGUGCUUUUUGGGGAGGAAUAUACCGUGGGAGCGCACGUGACGAGCGAUGAGAUAAGGAUGGCAAUUGAUCAGGUCAUGGAUGGAGGAGACGAAGGGAAAAAGAGGCGAGAGAGGGCGAGGAAGCUCGGGGAAAUGGCGAGAAGGGCGACGGCGGAAGACGGGUUGUCGUACGUGGAUAUGACGAGGCUCAUUCAAGACGUGCAAAAUUUUUAAGGAGUAAAUGUUAGUGUUCGAACUGCUGAAAUGUGGUACAUCAAGCGGUUGAGCAUGAUGACAUGUAAUUAUACUUGUGCAUCGGAGUUAAUUAAGAGGAAUUCUAAAGUCACUUUGCAUCGGUUGAUUA